GAGGCGGAAAUCUGAAUGGAGCUCGCGGGCCGGUCGCUACGGAGGCCGGGGCGGGGCCAGCGCUCUGCCGACGCUGAGGCGGUCUCGGUGUGGCGGCUGGGGCGCCCCCGCUCCUUCUCCCCGGGGCUCCCCUCGCUAUGGGGCUCGGCCCCGCGUUCCGGCAGGGCCGGGCGCCGCUGGCCGUGACACUCUGCGCUGCCCUGCUGGUGCUACUGCCGCCUGCCCUCGGGGCGGGCGGGCGGCGGCGCUUGGCGUGCUCCACUUGCCGCGGCAUCGUGGAUCGGUUCAACCAGGGGUUAGCAGAUACAGCUAAGAAGAACUUCGGUGGUGGAAACACUGCAUGGGAAGAAAAGACACUGGCAAAAUAUGAGUCCAGUGAAAUUCGUCUUGUUGAGAUCACAGAGAAUCUGUGUGACAGUAGUAACUUUGAAUGUAACAACAUGGUAGAAGAGCAUGAAGAACAUAUAGAGAAAUGGUGGUUCAAACUAAAGAAGAAGUAUCCUGAUUUGUUUAAGUGGUUUUGCAUAGAAACAAUAGAAGUUUGCUGUCCUGCUGGAACUUAUGGACCAGAUUGUCUUGCUUGUCGUGGUGGAUCAGAAAGGCCUUGCCAUGGAAAUGGCCACUGUGAUGGUGAUGGUACCCGAGGUGGAGAUGGCUCAUGUAGCUGUAACAAGGAGUAUACAGGAGAUUUUUGUCUGGACUGUUCUGAUGGUUACUUCAGUACCUUGAGAAAUGAGACUCAUUCUGUUUGUACAGCCUGCCACACUGCCUGUAAAACUUGUACUGGUUCAAGUAACAAGGACUGCCAAGACUGUAAAGAAGGCUGGGUUAAAAAUGAAGAUGCAGCUUGUGUGGAUUUAGAUGAGUGUGCUGGUUCUCCUUGCAAAGAUCACCAGUAUUGUUUGAACACAGAUGGAUCUUUCUCGUGCAAAGCAUGUGAUGCCAGCUGCAUAGGUUGCACAGGGGAAGGUUCUAACAACUGUAAGACUUGUGCAUCUGGAUACGUGAAGGAAGAUGAAAAGUGUGCAGAUACAGAUGAAUGUAACCUUCCUGAAAAGGUCUGCAUGAAAGAGAAUCAAGACUGUGUUAAUACUUCAGGUAGUUACAAAUGUGUAUGUUCAGAAGGUUUUGAAGAUAAGGAUGGGACAUGCAUUCAAACUGUAAAAACAGGAGAGGAAGUAGAGAGUGAAAAAAAUGAGCCUUCACCUCCUGGACAUGAUGACUUAUGAUCUUCAUUCAAAGCCAAAAGACAUUCCUAUAUAAAGUUUUAAAUUAUUGGACUAAGCCUCUGCUAUCUGACAUACUGUGGAAAUGGUAUUAAAUAUGCAGGUUUCCAUUAAGAUUUUUUUAAAUGGUGAUAAACUGCUCUUUAAGCUGCAUUUCUUUAUUCUAAAAGGCCACUUUUUAUAUAAUUCUUCAAGAACAACAAGCUAAAUGGAUUAGUAUAAAAUUUGAAUUAACAUACUAUUGUACCCAGCAAUUGUAAACAAUUUGAAGGUUUCCCAUUCCAGUGCCUACUGAAGACAAUUGUCAUUUGGAAGGACCUAGAUGCACUUCAUAAUUUAAGAGAAAUUGAGUGAAGUUUGUUGUUUCUUGGUAGGAGAAAUAUUUCUGUAACUGAAAUACAGCUUUUAGAAACUGUCAAAGGGAAUCUCUUUUGGGGGGAAGCAUUGUUCCCUUAAACAAAACAGAAUGCCUAAUAAUGCAUUCAAUAAAAGUUUAUUUUGUUGGAAUGUGCCUUAAAAUUUUUAAGGUGUCAAUAUUUU